GCGAGCAAGGCCACUGCCGCCGCCACUGCCGCAGCCGCAGGAGGCGUGAGGAGAGAUCAAAACAUUCAGAUGGCAGAUAACAGUUUUUCAGAUGGUGUUCCUUCAGAUGCCUUGGAGGCUGCUAAAAAUGCAAGUAACACAGAAAAGCUCACUGAUCAGGUGAUGCAGAAUCCUCAGGUUUUGGCAGCUUUACAGGAACGGCUUGACAAUGUCUCCCACACUCCUUCAAGUUACAUUGAGACUUUGCCAAAAGCCGUGAAGAGAAGGAUCAACGCACUGAAGCAGCUGCAGGUGAGGUGCGCCCACAUAGAAGCCAAGUUCUACGAGGAGGUGCACGACCUGGAGAGGAAGUACGCCGCCCUGUACCAGCCCCUCUUCGACAAGAGAAGGGAGUUCAUCACGGGGGACGUGGAGCCGACAGACGCAGAGUCGGAGUGGCACAGCGACAGCGGGGAGGAGGAGAAGUUGGCUGGAGACAUGAAAAAUAAAGUAGUCCUAGCAGAAAAAGAAGCAGCAACAGGAGAGGAGCCAAACCCCAGAGGAAUUCCAGAGUUCUGGUUUACCAUCUUCAGAAAUGUAGAUAUGCUAAGUGAAUUAGUCCAGGAGUAUGAUGAGCCGAUCUUGAAGCACCUGCAGGAUAUUAAAGUGAAGUUUUCAGACCCUGGGCAGCCUAUGUCUUUUGUAUUAGAGUUCCACUUUGAACCCAACGACUACUUUACCAAUUCAGUCCUGACAAAAACAUACAAGAUGAAGUCAGAGCCGGAUAAGGCCGAUCCCUUUUCCUUCGAAGGUCCUGAAAUAGUUGACUGUGACGGGUGUGCUAUUGACUGGAAGAAAGGGAAAAAUGUUACAGUCAAAACAAUCAAGAAGAAGCAGAAACAUAAGGGCCGAGGCACAGUGAGAACAAUUACCAAACAAGUUCCCAACGACUCGUUUUUCAACUUUUUCAGCCCGCUGAAAGCGUCUGGGGAUGGAGAGUCACUGGAUGAAGACUCGGAAUUCACAUUAGCCUCUGACUUUGAAAUCGGACACUUCUUUCGUGAGCGGAUAGUCCCGCGGGCCGUGCUCUACUUCACAGGGGAGGCCAUAGAGGAUGACGACAACUUUGAAGAGGGUGAGGAAGGAGAGGAGGAGGAAUUGGAAGGCGACGAGGAGGGGGAGGACGAGGACGACGCCGACGUUAACCCUAAGAAGGAGCCCAGCCAGCCGUCCGAGUGCAAACAGCAGUGAGGAGCGAGCACCCCGCAGGUGUGGCGUCGGGACACGUGGCGGCCGCGCCACCGUAUGGGCAGUGCUUCCUUCUAACUUGUUCUCGAGUGCAUGAUUUUGACUUUAACUUUUCCUUUAUCCUUAUUAUUUUGCUUAACCUGUACAGUGGCAACUUAAAUGCAUUUCAGAAAUAGGAGGUUUGAUUCCAGCACCCUCUACGGCCUUGGGUGCAGCUCAGUGGACUUUCCCAGGUCCGGCCUUCAGGAGGGCCCCAUAGACCCCAGGGGGAGGGGGCGGUAGAAGGUCAGUCAAUGCCAAGGGCAGAUGUCUUGGGAUGUGGUUCCGGGGCACGUAGAACCAGUCACAUCCCUCCACAGUCGGACUGGACUCUGCCUUCGCUUGAAGAAACCCACGCGCUUUGUGUCUCCUACCACGUGGUCUCCUGUGCUCUAACGGUCUCGGAAGAGCUGCGUAGAGUAGGGUCCUGUUCUCUUUAGAGCGUUCUUUCUCUGGUUCUGUCUUCCUCAGGGUGGGGUAGGGGUUGUGGUGCACCCCAGCCCUGAGGCGUGAGUGUUUGUGGUUCAUCUUCGUAUUUAUUUAUUCUUCCCUGCUGGUGAGGGCUUGGGACGCAUGCUGUCACUUGUCCUUACACUUUCUGAAACCAUGUGUGUGACCUGGUGACUUGCCAGGCAGGAGUGGUGGUGGCUCCCAAGGGAGUGAGGCCUGUGGAGAAGGAACCUCGCUCCGUCCUGCCCACGGCUGAGGGCAGGAGCUCGUUUUCACGACAUACAGACCACCCGGCUUUGGGGGUGGGGUGCGGGGUUGUGGGCCGAGUGCUGGGGUUUGCCAGGCUUCUGUGGUGAGGGGCCAGGGCUGGGAAGCACUACUCUCCUUCUAGUGUGGACACGUCGAGUCUUGCUUUCUCAGUACCCCCAUUUCUUGGCCCCGUGCUCAUCUUGUCUUAAAAGCCCUGGGUUCAGAGCCACCUGUUCUUGGCUGGCGUGUGGGGUUUCUGAGUGUGUGACCACAGUCUCUGGCAGCCGGGGUUGCUGUGUCCACACUGUGUCCAGGCCUGUAGAGUGCUCAGCCUUACUUAUAACACAUUUGUAACUGAAUACAGUGUUUUCAAUUUGUACAGAAUAGUUAGAAUAUUCUAUUAAAGUUGUGAAACAUGAA